CCGGGUCCUAGAGCUCCAGGAAAUGACAUUGAUGUAUAUUUGCAACCUCUUAUUGAAGAGUUGAUCACAUUAUGGAAUGUGGGUGUUGAAACCUAUGAUGCAUUUGGUAAGUGUAAUUUUCGUUUACAUGCAGCAAUACUGUGGACAAUAAACGAUUUUCCAGCAUAUGCUAAUUUAUCUGGUUGGAGUACUAAAGGAGCAUUGGCUUGUCCUUCUUGUAAUAAAGAUACAUGUUCAACUAGAUUGAAGCAUGGGCGCAAAAUGUGCUAUAUGGGGCAUCGCCGUUUUCUAAAACUUGAUCAUAAGUGGCGUAAAAAUAAAAAUUCAUUUGAUGGAAAGACAGAAACUCGACGUGCACCCAACAAUUUAUCUGGAGAUGAAAUUCUUGAGCAAUUAAAUGGAGUUGAAAAUGUGAAAUUUGGAAAAAGUACACAAAAAAGAAAGCGAACUGAGGCUGCCUUGCUUUAUAAUUGGAAAAAGAAAAGUAUUUUUUUUGACUUACCUUAUUGGAGAACACUUUUGGUGACAUAAUCUUGAUGUUAUGCAUAUUGAGAAAAAUGUCAAUGAUAAUAUCUUGUGGAUUCUUUUCAACAUUGAUGGUAAGAGUAAAGAUAAUCUAAAUGCUCGACUGGAUCUUAAGGAGAUGGGCAUUCGGUCAGAAUUGCAUCCAAUAGAUAAUGGCAACAACUUUGUCAUUCCACAAGCUUGCUACACAUUAAAUUUAGAUGAAAGGAGAGUUGUUUGCCAAUUCUUAGCAAAUUUGAAAGUUCCAGAUGGCUAUUCCUCUAACAUAUCUCAAUGUGUCAAUGUUAAAGAGGGACAAUUAACUGGAAUGAAAUCUCAUGAUUGUCACGUGUUUAUUGAAGAUCAUCUCCCACCAGCUUUUCGUGGCAUUUUGCCUAAAGAAGUAUAUGAGCCACUAGUAGAGUUAAGCAUAUUCUUUAAGCAGUUAUGCUCAAAGACAUUGAAAAUAGAUAUGUUGGAAAGGCUAGAGCAUAAUAUUGUAAUGACAAUUUGCAAACUUGAACUGAUUUUUCCUCCUGCAUUCUUUGAUAUCAUGAUACACUUGCCUAUUCAUCUUCCAUUAGAGGCACGGUUAGCUGGUCUUGUACAUUACCGGUGGAUGUACCCAUUUGAGAGGUAUUUGCGCAAGCUGAAGUCUAAUGUACGAAAUAAAGCACAUCCAGAAGGAUCAAUAGCCCUAGCCUAUCUUGCUGACAAGUGCUUAACCUUUUGUUCUAGAUAUUUAGAUAGAACGGAAACAAAAUUUAAUAGACAAGAAAGAAAUUUUGAGGGACCCAAAAUGCAAGUGACAGAGUUGCCUAUUUUUCAAAAUAAUGGGCGGCCAUUAAAUAGAGGAAAAGGGAUCUUUAGAAAACUAUCUUAUCAAGAUUGGAAUCAUGCUCAACUAUAUAUUCUAAAAAAUUGUGAAGAAGUUCAACCUUUUCUUAUAGAACAUCAAAAGGAGCUUGAGGAAGAGGGCUUAAGGAAUUUGCCAAGUAGGCAAGAUGAAACAUUUGUUAAGUGGUUUGAGUCACGUGUGUAAUGGCUGAAAAAUUCAAAACUGGAGAUAGUAAAAAUAGAGUUGACAAUCAAACAAUGCAUAGAGAACGUGCGGUUCGGUCAUUACAUAUAAAUAUCAAGAGGAUCGGAGAGCAUCAACUCCAAACAGAACCUAACAUAACAAAUUCUCCAAUAGAGCAAACAUCAAUGGAUGCCCAUAACGUACCAAAUAGUAGUAGUGCUGCUUCAUGUUCUGAGAGAAAGAGGACACGAGGCAAAACUAUAGGGCUAAAGUGGGCGAAAAAGAGAAAAGAAGAAAAGGCAAAACCUGCAAUUGAUCGAGAUACCUGAAGACCUAAGACGAGUAGUGGGUACAAAUUUUCAACAAUUCAUUACUGAGACAGCUCAAAUUAUUAGACAGAAUGCUCCUCUGAAUGUCGAAAAAUGGAGCAAAAUGCCUCCACACAUCAUUGAUAGGAUGGUGAAAGUUGUCAAUGUAAAUAAGUAUCUUUUCCCAUAAAAAAUUCACACUUCCUAAGGAUCUUCAUAUGCUUGGAGUCAUAGUGCGCCAACUUCGAAGCCAUUUCAAUAGUUGGUGUUACGAUUUGCAUAGGUUUCACUAUAAGAAGUACAAGACAGAUGAACAAAGGCAUGCACACUGUCCUGCUGACAUUGAUCCGGAUCAUUGGAAUUGGCUAAUAGACUGUUGGAGUAACCCGCAGUUUAAGAGGAUUAGCGAGGCGAACAAAGCAAAUAGGUCUAAACAAACAAUGGUUGCUCGAGUGGGAACAAAAUCUAUUGCAAGAAAUUUAAUUGAAAUGAGAAAAGAAGUAGAAAAGAAUAUGGAAGAAAAUAAUGAAGCACCUGAAGAACCUGAAUACAUGAGGUUAUGGGACAAGGUUAGAAAAAAAAAGAAGAAAAGAUGGCACAUGGGUUGAUUCAAAUGCUGCAGACAAGUAAGUUGAAAUGCAAACUCUUCAUGAGACUCAAUUAACAGAGAAAGGAGAAGACAUUCUUACAACUCGGGAAGCCUAUACUAUAGUACUUAAACAUAGGUCUGGAUAUGUUAGGGGUAUGGGUCCAGGUCUAGAGCCUUUGGAGAGAGCAGGAGUUAGAGGACAAUGACUUCGUGAGCAAAUACGGGAAAAUAUAGAGGCUGAAAUAACAGUUCGAAUUCAAGCAAAAGCAGAAGCUCGAAUGGCAGAAAAAGAGGCUGAGGUACAAGCCCGAAUAGCACAACGUGAGACCGACGCAGAAGCUAGACUAGCACAAAGAGAAGCUCGAUUAGAGCAUAUGGAGUCUCAAAUGCAAGCCAUGAUGCAGCAUUUAGCACAAAUGGGAAUGCCUAUACCGAUGCAAUCAACAUCUACUGAAAAAUGUAUGUUAAUCUAUGCUGUCUUUAUAUGUGAUUCAAUGAGAGUUGUUUGACUGCAUAGGUUGGUUCAAAUAAUUUAUAAAUUUUUAAUCAUGAAUGCAUACAUAAAAAGAAUCGUGAUGGGAACAAAGAAUGAUUUUUAGAUUCAUUUUCUGUAUUCAUCAGUGUUCUGUUAUAAACAGUAUACUUGGCUUUUGUGUGAAAAACUGUUCAUAGGGCGUUUGCAUAAUGA